AUGUCAGUCACGGAGGCUACGAGCGCUAAGCGCAACGCGGACUAUGUGCUUGUUGACGGCCCGCCUGAGAUACGUCGUUUAGCCACGCAGUAUUUCUACAUGAAGCACUUCUUCGACAAUGCAGACUUCCUUCCCCCGCCGAUCGAUAUCGACAAGGUUGAAAGCGUACUCGACGUUGCAGCUGGAACAGCAGCUUGGACAUUGGACCUUGCAGACCAACCCGCAGCGGCAGCACGCCUCCCACCUCACAAUCACCAGCAUCCUCUACACCUCCGCAUCUGCGACAUCUCUACCGCCAAGUUCCCCCCAGAAGACAUUCUCGCACGGGCUGGCAUCGAGGCAUUCCAGCACGAUGUGCUCACCCCCUUCCCUGCCGAGUUGCAAGGCACAGUUGACUUGGUGAACAUGAAUUACCUCGUCUACGCCCUCACGGAGGAAAAGUGGAAGCUCGCGCUCAAGAAUGUGCAUGGCGUUCUCAAACCGGGAGGAUAUCUCAUCCUCCGCGAAAGCGACCCCGUGUUCUAUUCUGCGUCGAGCCCUCCGCCACCAGACGAUGGCACACCUCACGACGUGCAGGCCCAGAUCAACGGCACGACGUCUGUGCACAAGAUGAACUCAAUUCUGACAGGCUUCGCUGUAAAGAGCGGUUUCGUUGUCGGGUUGUCCCAUCGCUUCCCGGGAUUACUUCAAGGUGCGGGCUUGACCGUGGCUCACCGGAAGCGCCUUCUACUGCCUUCCGGCGAGCUCUGCAAUACGUUUCCGACAGCUCGGGGCCGUUCCAUGGCGCCAAUGAAAAGCAGUAGCGUGGAGAACUUGGACGCAGUCUUCGACAUGCUGUCAAAGGUUUGGCUUGACCGAGGGAUGCUCGAAGUGCCCGCUGGUACGAAGAUCGAGAGCGAGGAAAAGCGGCAGGCUAUCCUGAAGGAGUUACACGAGCGUGCAAUGGAGGGUGUCUUGGUAGUUCAAACAGAGAUAGUCGCUCAGCGUCCGGCUUAG